AUGGACCAAUCGACGUCGACGGAAGAUCUGGUGGAUUUCAUAGCGGACGUCAUCAGCAUCGAUGGGCGGACCGAUGCGAACGCCAACUAUAAAAGGGAAGUACGCGACCAAUCGACCACAACUUCACCAUCCUUGGAUAAUCCAAAGCAACAAAUAAUGGAGAGGAAAAUGCAAGACCAGACUACAUCUACAUCCAUCUCUCCAACAAACAAUUCUCAGCCACCAGUAGUCAUUUUCGAAGACGCAGCAGAAACGGAUGUCUCGCUGGCAGACUUCCAGUAA